CCUCGCCGCAAGCGCCGACGACCGAGCCUCCUUGCCGCUCCCGUCCCCGGCGACGCGAUGACCAUGGACCGCCGCGCCCGCGCAGCCCCGCGCGCGGAGGAGGAGCGCCCGAGCCACGGCCGCUUCCUCCGCCCCGGCGCGCUCGCCCGGCUCCGGGACUGCAGGAUCGUCGCCCGCUCCCUGCGGUCGGCGGCGGCGCGCCUCCCGAUCCCGUCCGCCCCUCCGUCCCCCGCGGCGGAGCAGCAGAGGCAGGACGGCGUGCCGCACUUCCUGGUGGGGCCCACGAGGGGCCUCUGCGGCGCGGCGCGGUACCCGCUCAGGAGGAGGAUGGCCGCGGCGAGGUGCGUGGUGUUCUUGCCGCCGCCGGAGGCGUUCCUGGACGCGCCCGCGCCGUCGUGGGUCCUCGCCACCGCGCGCUGACGGGGGCCGAGAUCAGCCGCGGCCGUGCGUUUAGAUUCGCGAGUAGUUAGAACUCUGUGCAGAUGGCUCGCUGAACUUUCUUCCUUUCAACAGUUUUAGGAUCUGAUGCGACUGUUUUAGAUCUGCUACCUUUCCGGUCUAAUUUUGUUUAGUGGAAUUGAUCCAAAUUUACAAGUUUGUGACUUGCAUUUGUAGCUGGGUGCGUUGGUUUUCCUUUGGUUACA